AUGCCUUUUCAGUCCUACGACUUCAUAGAAGACGAGCUUGCAGCCAGCUACCAUCCCCAGAAUGUAUUCUGUUACUCUGUCGACAAAAAAGCUAAGGCAAGCUUCAACACUCGCAUUGAGUUGCUAUCAAGAUGCUUGCAAAAUGUUCUUGUGACACGAGCGAGAUUCAGUGUCACCAGUUCUGGACUUUACCAAAAUCACGCUUUUUAUGAAUGUCACAAGCUCCUUAUACAGGUCCCUGGAUGGGGAUACUUAAUACAGUUGCAGAAUUACGACGUUAUGAUAAAAUCUGUGUAUGAGACAGUGGCAAUACUUCAAGCGUUAGACGGAGCAAAUGAUAUUGGUACCACUAUAUGCGAUCUCCGUCGUUGGGACCAUGCAGCAAAAUGGGAAAUUGGGUCACUGAAGCUCUUUCCUAGCGGAACGAAACUGACAUGGUCGCAACUUAAUACAACUCUAUUGAUGACCUGUAGUUUGGUACAGGCUUCCUUAUCACGAGCUACUGUCGACUGGAUUGUUAACACGGUUUAUGGAGCAGAUGAAAUUCUGUGGGCUACACUGCAAACGACUGUCGAACUUGGAAUGCCAGGCAGAAUUUCAUCAUCGUGCUCGAAGGCAAACAAGCGAGGCGUACGAACGCCUUAUUUUACGAGGUACUCAUUUAUUCUUUGUAAAGAAAACAAAGGAAUCACUGAGUGGUUCCGAGGUAGUACUGUUAUAUAG